GAGCGGAACAACUUGGAGAAAUGCGUCGAGCAAGUGAAAUUGGAAAUGCCCGAGCUCAUGGAGGAGGACCACGUGACGAAGAAGGAUGUGGAGCAAAAGAAGAACAGCGAUGCCAAGGUCGCGGCCAAGUUCAUAAAGCUGUUGGCAGCAACUACGCUGACCAAGCAUGGCGCCGCCAUCGCGGGAACGGGCUUAGGAGCCGUUAAGCUGCAGCAUUGUGAGCCAGUCCUCUGCGCUGGGGACCUGAAGUAUAAGCUGGACCAAACAGGCCUUCACCAGUGCACCUGGAACUGUCCGACCGGCCAAGUUCCAGCACUUUUCCAAUCAGUUGGUGCGGAGAUGAUGGAAGAACUGCAAGAGGUCACGCCGCUGGACGAAGAGAAGAAGGAUGUGCAAGAAGCCAUCAAGGAGGCGGACACCGUGGCCUCCUCCCCAAAGGAAUUUGAGAAGUCCCAGGCGUUGGCCCAGGUCAACAAGCUCAAGCUGCGCUUCCAUGAGGCACUGGGUAACGAGACACUGAAGCUGUCCCAGACGGCAAGUCCCACAAACAUGGGCAACGUGAAGACGAGCGCGAUUCGCUACCAUGGCAAAUGCAGCCCCCCUGAGAAAUUCGAGGGUGAGCUCAAACGCGCUGUGCUGUUCCAAGGCGACCAAAAGGAAAUUCCGAAAGGGAGCGUCGUGGAGGUGACGCGCUUGCUCCCCGGCUCCAAAGCGCUCUUGGCCUGCUGCUCCGAACGUCGCGGCAGCGCCGUAAAGCCUGAAGCGCACGUGUUCUGGGAUUGUGGGAGAGGUGGAGGCACAUGCUUUCUUAGUGGCUCAGAGGCUCAGUUUGACGGCUCAUGGAUCCAGGAAGCCUUGCGUCAACGUCCAGCAUGUAGCGAGAGGGCCACACGUACUGAUUGGGCAGACCUCAUCCAUAAGCAGUUCCCGUCGUACAGCUUUCCAGUACAAUGCUCCGCGUACUUUUUGGCCACCGGAAUUGCCUCAUGUGAGCUUCAGGACGACGAGGUGGAGGUGACCUAUCAGGGCAAGGCAUAUGUGGUGAAGAGCAAGGACCUGCAGCGCACGGCCGUUGGCAAGGUGUCGGUGGACGAGGGCCUUCAGGACUGGCUCCUCAGCACAGGCGACACCAUCAAAGUCCAGAUGCCUCCGAAGCAGCAAGACCCCAAGGAGGUGGAGGUGCUUUGGUUCCCUGUCGACAAAGACAAAGGCGCCUGA